AUGUCUCUGGAAAACAGCCUGCCGACGCCGCCCGCCAAGGGCAACGUCUCGUACGUGCUGCAAGAGAUCGAAAAGACCGUGUUUGAGGACCGCCCCGUGGCCGAGCUGCAGCCGAACGAGGUGCGCGUCAACAUCCGCCAGACCGGUCUGUGCGGCUCCGACUGCCACUACAAGUCGCACGGGCGCAUUGGCGACUUUAUCCUGCGCGCGCCGAUGGUGCUCGGCCACGAGUCGUCCGGCAUCGUCACGGCCGUCGGCGCGGCGGUGACCGACCGCAAGGUCGGCGACCGCGUCGCGCUCGAGCCCGGCGUGCCGUGCUGUGCGUGUGCGCGCUGCCUGGCGGGCGACUACAACCAAUGCGAGAAGCUGGUGUUUGCCGCCACGCCGCCGUACGACGGCACGCUCGCGACGUACUACAACCUGCACGCGGCGUUUGCGCACCCCAUACCCGACGCAAUGUCCCUCGAGGCCGCGUCGCUGAUGGAGCCGCUCAGCGUCGCGGUCCACGCGGCGGUGUCGCGCGGCGGCGUGCGUGCGCUCGAGAACGUGCUCGUCUUUGGCGCAGGACCGGUCGGCCUGCUCGCCGCGGCGGUCGCGCGGGCCUACGGCGCUAAGCGCGUCGUGUCUGUCGACAUUGUCGACGAAAAGCUCGCGUUUGCGCAGGAGUUCUGUGCGACGUCGACCUUUAAGCCCUCGCCGCCCCACGCGAACGAGGCCGGGAUGGAGUGCUCGCGCCGCAACGCGCGCGAGCUCAUCGACUCGCUCGGCGAGGACGUCGCGGCGAACGAUGGCUUCGACCUGGCGCUGGAGGCGACCGGCGCGCAGUCGUGCAUGCAGACCGCGUGCUUCGCCACACGUCCGCUCGGCCGCAUCGUCUCGAUCGGCAUGGGCAACCCCGAGAUCGUGCUGCCGAUCACCUACAUCCUGGUGCGCGAGGUGCAGCUCCUCGGCUCGUUCCGCUACGCGGCCGGCGACUACGACAAGUCGAUCGCGCUCGCGGCGACCGGCAAGGUCGACGUGACGCGCCUCGUUACGCACCGCUACCUCUUCCACGACGCGGACAAGGCCUUUGAGGCGACCGCGCGCGGCAAGGGCGAGGACGGCAAGUCGUGCAUCAAGGUGCAGAUCUGCCAGGGCGCGGCCAAGUAG